AUGUCGUCGACGUUGACUCUGCCUACUACACAUUCGACCCAUGAAAAUCCGCCUGUCACAACAAUCUUCUCAGCUAAUCCCAAACAAGAAUAUUUUGCCUCAUAUCAAUUGCGAUACGCACUCCGUACCGACUCUCAAUCUGCCAUGACUGCUCUCCGCAUCAGUCUUCAAGCAUCGCAGACACCUAAUUGGUAUAGCGCACUCGAUGCUGAUAUUCAAGAAUAUGUGAGAUGCGAGCUGGGGGUAGGAUGUGCUGUGAGCAGAAAUUAUUCAACCCCAUUUCUGCCAAACCCAACACCAAACCCUGUUACAACUGGACUGUGGUCGAAAAGUACGGGUGGUAUUGCUUUUGAGCCUUUUGGGCCUCUCAGUGGCAUAGAUCUGGCAAUACCGUGGGUGGUAUUACUAGGAACACUUGUAGCUUCAGGAUUUUUUAUAGCUUGGUCGACAUGUUUGAUGGCCUGCUUGAGGGAAUGCCUUUCGCGGCGCAACAGCCAACGGUUGUCUGCUAUCAAUCACACCUCACCUGCACAAUUGGCAUUGACCUGGGCUUUCAUUGGCGGAAGUGGAGGAAUUCUUCAGUGCCUAGGCGCACCAGGCUUUUCAACAAGUACCACAUUCUUCGCUGGUAUUCUGGUCUCGUCUUUCGGUAUUGCUACGAUUGCGUCCGCAUGCAACAACGUUUUUCUUGACACAUGUUGGAAACAUGUUAUGGCUCAAUCGCUACAGAGGAAGGAUGGCACAUGUCAUGGCGACAAUCUACGCGCUGCUAGCCUGGACUGGAUCGACAUCAUCCAUCGGACUUUUACACUUCGGGUUAGUGGAAGAGAAUUGCAAGUAGCUCUCAGUCACACUAUUCUACGAUGGAGCUUUGUUAUAAGUAUCGCUAUCAUCCAACGAUCCAUUGUCGUCGAGGGACCAUUUUUUAAAACAAGUCAAAUUUUGUCGUGGCACGAUGACUUCACCCCAGUGUGGAAGACUGGAGAUGUUGAUGUUGAAUUGUCUACUACAAGGAGGCCAGCUUGGAUCGCUAUAGCAGUUCUGGCGCAUGCCUGUGGCGUAUUUUUGGGCCUCGCCAUUUCCAAGAUAACUCCAUGGUCCUUAUUUCGUGACAUUGACGCAGAUUCCAAUCUUCUUGAAGCCUAUAAACCGUUUCUCGAAAUAAUUGUUGGGGGUUCCAUCUCUUCGUCAUCUCAGGUGGCAGAUUAUCUGGAUUAUAAAAUGUCAGUAAACUUAUAUGGAACCCUGCCUUUACUUCGGGCACAUCAUACACCCGGCAGACAAGUUUGGAUUAAACUUCGUGGAGCAAGUUUUGGCAUGUUACUUUCGCUCAUUGGGCCUCUCCUCCUGUUGCCAGUCACCUUAUCUUAUCGAUCAUCCUUUGUACAACUCGACUGUGUUGAUACAAUUGUAGGCGAUCAAUACAAUCACUGCCAAAGAUCUGGUAACAGGAAAGCUAAUAUGACUCGUUUCGUAUACGUGAUCUGUUAUUCAGUCACUGGACUUGGUUACACAAUACUCCGCGACUUCAUCACCUGGACUUGCACUCUGGAAUCGCUGACUUUGAAUGUGAACGAUCGAACAAGAGAACUAUGGACUACUGUGAGCGAUUCAAAUGGUCGGAAUUCGAGAAGGGUUCAGGUACCUCCUUUCCAUGGACUCAACUACUUGGGCGAUUCGUCCGGUUUAAGCCUUUGGUCUCGGCAGCAUCACCGGCUCUCCAAAACUCGUGCAGGAGGCUUGCUUACGCUUCUUGGCCUGCAAACAGUGGUGGUCCGAGUUCUUCUUAUUUACGCCAUCUCUGGUGUUGCCAAGGCGAAACAUCUGGACAUUGAGCUCACCAUGGCCAUGGCAUUGUGGCCAAUUUUAUUUAUAUGGCCAGUUAUCUAUAUCCCUGUAAUUAUCUGGUUUAUUGUGCCAUUCCGUUCGCCUCUUGGGGCUCAAAACGGAUGGCGUUGGGCAAAGAUUGCGCGUGAUGCUUUGGAAAACGAAGAAGGUACUUACGGGGUGGUGGAAGGCAAAGCCAGAUUUGCUGUCGAUGCUAGAGCAUUUGGAGAUGAAGAUCUGCAGUAA